AUGAAUCUCGGACAAAGGAAUCGUGCUGUGGGUGCAACAGCACUCAAUGACCGAAGUAGUCGUUCACAUAGUUGUUUAACGGUUCAUGUCCAAGGAAGAAAUUUGGCGUCUGGGAGUAUUCUCCGAGGCUGCAUGCAUCUAGUUGAUUUGGCAGGAAGCGAAAGAGUUGACAAAUCUGAAGUGACGGGUGAUCGGCUCAAAGAGGCUCAGCACAUUAACAAAUCUCUUUCGGCACUUGGUGACGUGAUCUCAUCUCUCGCGCAGAAGAACUCACAUGUUCCAUAUAGAAAUAGCAAACUCACCCAACUGCUCCAAGACUCGCUCGGUGGGCAAGCAAAGACUCUGAUGUUUGUCCACAUAAGCCCUGAGCCUGAUGCCAUUGGGGAGACAAUCAGUACACUCAAAUUUGCCGAGCGUGUCGCUACUGUUGAACUGGGUGCUGCUCGAGUUAACAAGGAUUCUGCUGAUGUUAAAGAGCUUAAAGAGCAGAUUGCCAUUCUCAAGGCCGCGUUAGCAAGGAAAGAUGGUCAACAGGUGUCCAUGCCGCAUAAGAUAAUUGGCGACAGUCCAUGUGGCAUCCAAACAUCUCCUUUCCAACCUAAUGUGCUCAGGAAAUCAAUGGAUGAUAUUGCCAACUUAGAGGUUAACCGCCAUGCUGCAAUGAGGCAAAAGCGGCAAAGCUUGGACCUAGACGAGCUACUCGGGAACACUCCCACAUGGCCUCCCAUAACCAGCCCAUGCCAGACCAGUUUAGACGAUGAUCGAGAAAUCACCUCGGGCGAUUGGGUGGACAAGCUCAUGGUCAACAAGCAAGAGGACCUUGUUUGCCAACUCAUGAGUCCCUUGGCUGGUUGGGAUCCAAACAACAGCAAAACUACUGUUCCCAAUGUGAAUUAUCAGAAAUAUCUUUCGGAUUCCUCGAAGUAUUAUCAAUUUGACAUUAACGGUGCUGAUGAGAUGGAUGAGCUCGAUGCUGGAACAAGUGACUCGUCUGAGCCGGAUUUGCUGUGGCAGUUUAAUAGUUCCAAGCUUGGGAACUUUAACAAUGGUGUUAGUCCCAAGGUCCAGAAGCCUAACUUGAUACAAUCCAAAAGCCCGGAAUUGAGGAGUAUGAUCCCGAAGUUAGCCCCAUCACCAUCCCGAAAAGCGACUAAUGAGGCCGGCCAUUUUCCACCUCGGAUAGGAAGGCAGAGUACUGAAACGAAGCGUAAAAAUGGUAGUCGAAAGUAG